CAACGUCGGGUAUUACCGACUAUCGGUAGUUAUGGACAGUAAUAAUUAUAAUGUAUUAUCAUGUCCAUUAUUUAGUACAAAAUAGCUAUUUUACGUCACUUAUGAUGUCAUCAAGUAUCCUGGAAGUCUGCGAUGCCAUUUUUUUCUGCAGAACCUAAAACACAUUCUAACGAAAGCGAGCCAAAAAAAGGUACCGUAUACGUUAUUUAUUUAAAAACAUGCCUUACCCGCGCAGUUAAAACGGGUAUAAUCUAUUUAUUUCUUGCACGUUACUUUAAAGUGUUAAAAUAACAAUAAAUGCCAUUUUAUUUGAUUGCAUGAACGUUUAUCUUUGACAUGUAGUGAAAAGAUACUGUUUCGAUUAUGUGUGUCAUUAUAAGCGGGGUUGUCGAUGAAUACCGACAAAAAUUGACCGUUAAGGCAAAUAUCGACAGGUUGUGUAUGCAUCCAAGUUAAAUCAUUAAAUAUGCCUAUCUAAUGGAAAUGUCCUUAUUAUUAGUGUUAAUUAAAGCUGUAACUUUGUUUUUCAUUGUUAUUAAGACAAAUAAAGAUUAAUUUAUGCUAAUAAAAUAAAAAUCAAUAACGGAUAAUUAGAUAAUACCUUUUUACUUCAAUUUAAUAUCUUUUUUUGUGUAUAUACAUAUGUUUUUUACUUAUUUCAGAAUGUCUGGCCAACUGUUUAGUAAGAAGAGGCGUCAAUAUUCUCCUACGAAAUUGGCAACAGCUCUUACCAUGGUUAAGACAGGAGCAAUGUCUAAAAAUAAAGCUUCUAAAAUGUACGGCAUACCAAGAACAACGUUGAUUGACAAGUUGUCUGGACGAACGGCGGAGGGGGUGGUACGUCCGGGUCCAUCGACUGUCCUCACGUCAGCGGAGGAAGACGUCCUUGUACAAUACUCAAUACUCAUGGCAUCAAUUGGUUACCCUCUGACCCGGAAUGAACUUUUGAAUGAGGUCAAGGUCAUUAUGGAUAUUGACGGCCGCCAGAAUCCUUUUAAGAAUAACAAACCAGGCAAAGACUGGUUCUAUGCGUUCAAGAGGCGACACCCAGAGUUACGUGAACGCCAGGCAAUGACUCUUGGUCAUCAGAGAGCAAUCGUUAACAAGGCCAUGAUUGAUGGGUGGUUCGCAGGAUUAUUCGAUUAUCUGGCAAAAGAAAUACCCGAUCAUGAGGUUCUUAAGAAUGACCCGCGUCGCAUAUUCAAUGCGGACGAGAGUGGUUUCCCUCUCUGUUUCAAAACGGGAAAGGUUCUUGCCGAAAAAGGUGCUCGUCACGUAUAUAAUGUAACAACCAGCAACAAAACACAACUCACGGUCAUGGUUUGUUUUAACGCUUUUGGCGACUAUGUUCCGCCAUUGAUUGUAUUUCCAGGCGAACGUCUGCGAGACACUGGUAUUCAUCAGUUUCCAGAAGCUAUUUAUGGCAACAGCGCGAAUGGCUGGAUGGACACAGACUUAUUUGUUGCAUUCCUGCAACACUUCUCUGCUUUCAUUGAUGCUAAGUGUAUCACUAAACCAGUUCUCUUGUUUGUGGACGGACACUCCACGCACAUAUCUCGUGCUGCAGCAACAUUCUGCGCUAACAGCGGGAUAAUAUUAUAUUGUCUUUUGCCAAACGCGACGCAUAUUUUGCAACCAUGCGAUGUCGGCUUCUUCUCACCCAUGAAAUCGUCGUGGAAAAGGCAGGUUAAACUUUGGCAACUUGACCACAUCGGAGAAGCGCUUACGAAAAAGAAUUUCCCGGGAGUGUUCAAAUCCGCGUGGGACUCUGUCACCACUUUUGACAAUGCUGCACAUGGUUUUCGACGUUCCGGAUUAUUUCCCUUGAAUCCAAACGGCAUAGAUAUUUCUAAAUUGGAGCCGUCAAAGGUAGCUAAUCCUCCCUGCACCGCUGGCGGAGAUGCUGCAACAGUUUCUGCUGCAACCACUGUAACAUGUACCACAAGUGAAACUUGCACAGCAGCCUCUUCUGCAAAUGGCUCAACUACGAAUAAUUGCAAAACUGCGUUCAUUAAUAGUUUAUCCUCUGCUCACUUACCAAAUACGGUUUCUUGUAGGCAAACUUUUGUUUCGCCAGCUUUUCAGUGUCUUACUGUUCCAGAGCCAAAGCAACGGAAAGUAGUAAAUCGAUUUUCAGAAAAAUUACCUAAGGCUAUUUCUGGAUCUGCGGCACUGAAAAUGUUCGAGGAAAGAGAGGCUAAAAAGGCUGCCGAAUUGGUUGAAAAGUUAAAAAGAAAAGAAGAAAAAGAAAAGAAAAAACUAGAAAAGGAGAAAAUGAAAGAAGAAAAAAGAUUACAAAGAGAAGAAGCCAAACAAAAAAGGAAGAUGGAAAGAAAAUCUAAACAAAAACAGAAACGUUCAAGAAGAGAUAGUAGUAGUUCAUCCGAUAGUGAUACAGUGCGAGUGCAGUUCAUGGAUUCUGAUGACGCCUUUGACGAAUCUAAACUCUGUCCCGGAUGUAAAACAUCAGAGAGCGUUGAUGAUGAUGAUGAAUGGGUCAAGUGCCUAAAAUGCCCACGACAGUGGCACGUGCUUUGUACCGGGGAUGCCGUGCUUCUUGAAAUUCCAGCAAAUCAGCUUGCAAACUAUCCUUUCUAUUGCGAGUACUGUAUUUAAAGGGAAAAUUAUGUCGAAAUAAAGUAAUGUCACUUACUUGUUCUCACAGAUCGUAAUAAGUAAUGAAAUAAACUAAUGUUAUGAUCAUUUUUCAGGUUUAACAUAUUUUUUUUAAAAUUUACUUCACCUGUCGAUAAAUGCCUCCAGUAGUCGGUAACUGCCUCACAUAGUCUUUGUACUGUUAGAACGUUAUUGCAUCUAAUAAACAAAGUCAGUAUACAAACAUAUGAAUUUGUUUUAGAUUAAAGGCAAACUGAAUCAUCUAAAAUAAACCUAGGGUCUAAACGGGAAAAUCGGUUAAUUUAUUAACAAAUGAUGUUAAACCUGUCGAUGAUACCCGACAUUGCUCU